AUGGCUUCUCGUAUUUUUCAACGUACUUUAACAACCUCUAUUCCAAAAUAUAAGAUUGGUUUAAUCCCUGCAGAUGGUAUUGGUAGAGAAGUUAUUCCUGCUGCUCGUCGUGUUCUUGAAUCCUUAAGUAAUGGUCCCAAAUUUGAAUUUAUUGACUUGGAUGCAGGUUUUGAAUACUUUCAAAAAAAUGGAACUUCAUUACCUCAAGAAACGAUUGAUAUCUUAAAGAACGAAUGUAAUGGUGCUCUCUUUGGUGCAGUAAGUUCUCCUUCUUAUAAAGUAGCUGGUUAUUCUUCUCCUAUUGUCGCUUUACGAAAACAUUUGGAUUUAUAUGCUAACGUACGUCCUGUCAAGUCUGUUCAAUCCCCUGCGUUUCCUAAUCAAAAACCAGUAGAUAUGUUGAUUAUACGUGAAAAUACAGAAUGUCUAUAUAUUAAAUCAGAAAGAGAAGAGAUUGAUCCUGAAACUGAUAUGAAAGUUGCUUGGGCAGAUCGUAAAAUAUCUGAAUAUGCUUCAAAACGUAUCGGUGAAAUGGCGUUUAAUAUGGCUUUAACACGUCAAAAGCUUCGUUCAGAAAUUCCAGUAGAAAAGCGUUUCUGGAAGCAUAACCCUCGUGUUACCAUUGUUCAUAAGUCAAAUGUCUUGAGUAUUUCUGACGGUUUAUGGCGUGAAACAGUACGUAAUGUAAAGAACAACGACUCAGGAUAUGAUGAUGUGGAUAUGGAAGAACAAUUGGUUGAUUCAAUGGUGUAUCGUAUGUUCCGUGAACCUGAGGCAUUUGAUGUUGUUGUAGCGCCCAAUUUAUAUGGUGAUAUUUUAUCAGACGGUGCAGCUGCUUUAGUAGGUUCAUUAGGUCUUGUGCCUUCUGCUAAUGUUGGAGAUCGAUUUGCAAUGGGUGAACCUGUACAUGGUUCUGCACCUGAUAUCGCUGGUAAAGGUAUUGCAAAUCCUAUUGCUGCUAUUCGUUCAGCAGGUAUGCUUUUAGAACAUAUGGGCUAUACAUCUCAGGCUUUACAAGUCUAUGAUGCUGUAGAUAAGGUCUUGGCAGAUGGACACAUAUUGACACCUGACUUGGGUGGUAAGAAUACAACAAUAGAAGUGACUGAUGCUAUUAUUAAAAACCUUGCUUAA